AUGGCGGAUCGACAGGUGACCCAGCAGACCAUCUUCAGCUUGCUUUCCAAGCUGGAUGAUCCUGAUGCCGACCUGAGAUUCAUGUCCUUGAACGACCUCUUCGGGAUCCUGACCAACCCGAGCUCGUCCUUCCUCACCAGCGACCGAACUUCUUCCACCAAACUCGCCGAUGGACUGCUAAAAGCCUUGGACGAUCAACAUGGUGAAGUUCAGAACCAAGCCUUGAAGUGUCUUGGUCCUCUCGCCAUCCGCGUCCCGUUCGAAACACUCAUGCCUCUUCUCGAGAAGCUGGCCGAUCUGACCUCCUCUCAGACAAUCGACACCUCUGUCCCCAACACCGCCCUGCGCGUCAUCGUCGACACCCUUCCUCGCCCGCAAGCCGGACAGCCAGCUCCCCAAUCGGUCCUUUCUUCAUACAACGCCGUUUCAAAAGUACUAAUCCCUCGACUGACGGGUCCGACUCCAUCCACCUCCGGCCGCCGUGGCUCCGUUGUGAAGGGAAUGCUCGAGAAGGAUAGCUCCAAGGGAUUCAGCAGCGAUGCCAUUGAUGUACUCAUUAAGGUCGUCACUUGCUUCGGACCGCUCCUCCAAGAAAGAGAGCUGGAUGCUCUUCAAGAACCCGUUAUGGCAAUUAUCCACAAUGAUACCGCGGGCACCGUGGUGACUAAGAGAGCCUUGGCUGCCAUCUCCGCCUUGGUGCUGUACUUUUCCGACAACCAGCUGGAUGCUUUUGUGGGCCGCCUUUCCGAUACCCUCUCCUCACCCAAUAUCACGACCAUUCGCCGCCGUCAUAUCAUAGCAGCUAUCGGAGUGAUUGCCCGAAGCGCACCAGCCAAACUCGGCCCGCAUCUUGACCGUCUGGCGCCGUUUGUUUUUGCAGCAGUGGGGGAGGAUGGCGUUGGAAAUUGA